GUCUCGCGCUCUCCUCGCCCCGCUUCCGGCCGCGCAGGCGUCGUAGACUGUGAGCCGGGUUUGGUGGUCGCCAGAAGGAAGAUCCUAUCUACUCUGUGGAGAAUGGAUUGGAACAAAAAAAGACCAUGCAGGAAUCAACUGUAGAAGGCCAGGAUUUCCACAGGCCAGAAGACACCAUCAGAUCUUCUGGGAUGGAAUUACAGAGCUGCCAUGUGGAAACAAGCACGACACUGAGAGGGACCCACGCAUGUGAAUGGAGACCCAGCUGGGAGAAGGAAGAGAUCCUGAAGGGAACACUGUCAAUAUUGAUUCGGUCCCCAUGCCUCCCAGUCUAACGGUCACCUUGGAACAUCUCUGUCCAUCACUUUGAGGGGCAAGCAUCCUUUGCUCGAGUGUCUAUCUCAGGAACUGACAUGGGACAACAACAUGGAAACAGGAAAGGUCUCAGCCACAGAGAAAUCCCCCGGGGCAUUGGGCUGCUCCUUGCCAUGGCCCUUAUGAAUGUGCUUCUUUACCUCUGCCUCAACCAGUUUUUCAUUUCCCCUCGUUCUACUGAGGAUGCUAGGCGCUGCCCUCAUGGUUACUUCAGAAUGGGACAGAUGAGAAACUGCUCACGCUGGUUAUCCUGUGAGGAGCUGAGGAAGGAAGUCAGACAGCUGAGGCGCAUUGGGGAAGGAGCCGUGAAGAGAGUCUUUCUGUCUGAGUGGAAUGAACACAAAGUCGCUCUCUCCCGGCUCACUGGGCUGGAGAUGAAGGAUGACUUCCUUCACGGGCUGCAGAUGCUCAAGUCUCUCCAGAGCGAGCACGUGGUCACGCUGGUUGGCUACUGCGAGGAAGAUGGCACCAUUCUUACCGAAUAUCACCCCUUAGGUUCCUUGAGCAACCUGGAAGCAACACUAAACCUUCCAAAGUACCAAGAUGUGAACACCUGGCAACACAGGCUGCAGCUGGCCGCCGAGUAUGUGGGCAUUAUUAACUACCUCCACAACAGCCCGCUGGGCACGAGGGUCAUGUGUGACUCUAAUGACCUGCCCAAAACAUUGUCCCAGUAUCUGCUGACAAGUAACUUCAGCAUUGUGGCAAACGACCUGGACGCCCUGCCCCUGGUGGACCACGACUCUAGGGUACUUGUGAAGUGUGGCCACAGGGAGCUCCAAGGAGAUUUUGUGGCCCCAGAGCAGCUGUGGCCUUAUGGAGGAGAAAGGCCCUUCCAAGAUGACAUCAUGCCCUCCUAUGAUGAGAAGGUUGACAUCUGGAAGAUUCCAGAUGUCUCCAGUUUCCUUUUGGGGCACGUGGAAGGGAGUGACAUGGUUCGAUUCCAUUUGUUUGAUAUCCAUAAGGCAUGUAAGAGCCAGAUCCCUGCAGAAAGACCCACGGCUCAGCAUGUUCUAGACACUUACCGGAAGGUUUUACAUUCACUCAGAGACACUGUGAUGUCUCAGACAAAAGAGAUGCUGUGAAGAGAGAUCAUUGAUGCUGAACGGCAUCCCCACUGUUCUACUCUUGGUGAUGGACGCGCUUUCAUGAACCUUGCGUUUUGUUGACUUUGGCUGUUCAGCCACGCAGGCUCUCCCCUACAUCUGCCUGCACGUUUGUUUGAGUGUGCUCUGCUCUCCUGGCAACCUGGAUAGAAGUUUCCAAGAGGGAAAACCUUGCUUGGAUGCAGUUCCUAGUGAAGACACAGAGAAUUUGUGGAUUUAUAGAGUAUUUAAAGGAAGUAAUAAAACGGUAAUCAUGAGGACACAUUGCCUA